AUGAUCCGGUAUGUUUUAGGAGCAGUUAUUAAUAAAAUACCCUAUUUGCCCAGUUAUGAAGAAGUGCCAAUUGAAGAGAAGAUCCACCAAGUGAUUGUGGAUAGAAGACAAGAGGAACAAAUACGAACGCCGUCACCCAGUGAGGAUGAAUUGAUUGAGAAUGAACCUUCGACCAAAGCAAUUCCAUUACAGCAACCACAGGGGAGUAUAAGCCGAUAUAACUGUUUGCACUAUUCGGAUACCUGUGAUGACUUCCCGCGAGAAGUUGGAAAUUCACCAAUUAAUCGAAUUAAAGAUUAUUAUUUCCAGCCCAAUACCCCAACCAAGGUUCGCGGAAGUCAAUGGGAUGACGAUGACGAGACCAUGAGAUACGACCAUAAUCCCAUCAUGACCAAGUAUAGUCAAAUUGGGUGUAUUCCGGAAGUGGAGGAAGAAGCCGAAGGAGAAAAUGUCAUUGGGUUGGGAUUAAGGACACCACCGGGGUACGAGGAACCCAGUACGCCGCCAGAACAAAUCCACCAGGAAAACAAAGAUACCAAAGAGAUACGCAUCAAGCAGUACUUGGAUGAGCAAAAUAACAAGUUUGAUACUUUGAUUCAUAAUAAUUUGGAUAUUGUAAUUAAACAACAAGAAUUAUUUGAAGAAAAGGAAGAAGAAGAGGAAAAUUUAACAAAAUUAUUGAUUGAGUUUCUUCGUAUGAAACCAUUGAGUUUCCGGGAAAAACUACAGUACUCUAAUCGAGUGUUUAAAUAUGGAAUCAAGUUAAUCAAUCCCUUUAAGCAAGCUGAACCGGAGAUGGCUAAAUUGGCCGAGCCGGUUACCAUACGACCCAAUUAUGAAGAAGACGAAUAUAAAGACGUGAUACAAGUAUUCAAUAAACUUAAACCCGAAAUCAAAAACCGCAUUAUCGAUAACUAUCGGAAAGAGGAAGAAAUGAAGAGAUUUGAAAAUGAAUCAUUAAUUGAUAAAUUUGAAAUGUUGAGUAUCCUAAUGAUCAAAAUUACCAUAAGUACCAUCAAGUAUAUGAUACCGAUUAUUCAAAUUUUAAUCAAUAAAUUCAAUAAAGAUGAAAUUUAUUUAUUCAAUCAACUGAAUUUUAAUAAACUCAUGAAAAUUAUCAUCAAGAGUUUAAUCUUUACCGAAAAUCAAUUGAAUAACGAUUUUCUCAAAAAUUACCAAUACGGUUUUACUAAAGACGACGAAUUGGAUGAUUUUUGUAAAGAAAUGUCAAAUAACGCACACCAUUUCUUUAACAACAAAUCAGUGGACUCGUUUAAAUCCGCUGGCUCGACAAACUUUGAAAGCUCUGAAAAACUAUCGGUAUUCAAAAUCGCUGAACAAUUCGUAGAUGAAUUUUAA